ACUCUUGUCCUUCUCCCAGGUUUUGUGAGGGCACUUAAACCCUAAAAAUGAAGGCUUUUCUCUCCACCUUACUGAACCCAAACUGGAAAUCUGCUGGGCAAAACGCCCUGAAACGUUUCUAUGGCUCAGCUUCUUCAAUGCAGCCACGCUAUGGGUCUGAACGCCUCUACCGAAGAAUUUCGCCCGUUGGUGACCCAAACGUGUCUGUGCUGCCAAUUCUUGAUCAGUGGAUCGAAGAAGGAAAGACUGCAGACAAGGUUGAGCUUCAGAGAAUCAUCAAAGAAUUGACACGUUUUAGAAGAUAUAAACAUGCCCUUGAGGUAUCAAAGUGGAUGACUGACAAAAGAUAUAUUCCCAUGACAUCUCUUGAUGUUGCUGCUCGAAUGAAUUUGAUCUUCAAAGUUCAUGGCAUGGAACAAGUUGAGGAGUAUUUUGGUAAUGUCCAUCAGCGAUUCAAACACCAUGUUCUUCUCACGGCCCUCCUCAACUGCUAUGCACAAGAAAAGUCUCUGGAAAAAGCCGAGGCCACCAUGCAGAAGCUAAGGGAUAUGGGGUGGGCUAAGACACCAUUACCUUACAAUAUCAUGAUGAAUCUCUACUAUAGUAUGGGAAGAUGGGAGAAGGUGGAUGGCAUAAUGAAAGAAAUGGAUGAAAAGGGCUUGUAUCAUGACAGGUACACGGUUGGUAUCCGCCUAAGUGCAUAUGCUGCUGCUGGCGAUUCUGCUGGAAUAGAUAAAAUAGUCGAGGUGAUUGAAUCUAAUCCGAAGAUUACUUUAACCUGGAAUACCUAUGGUGUCAUAGUAGAAGGAUAUUUGAAAGUUGGGCAGUUGGACAAAGCUCUGGCAAUGAUGAAGAAACUCGAGGGGAAGAUCCCGUCCAGCAACAACAGCAAGAACAAGAAUUCUGGAUAUACUUAUCUAUUGACAAACUAUGCAGAGCUUGGGAAGAAAGAAGAGGUGUACCGAGUAUGGGAUUUGUUCAAGCAGAAAGAAAAAAAGAUUAAUAAUACGGGUUACAUGAGCAUGAUGGGGUCUCUGUCAAAAUUAGACAAUAUAGAAGGCAUGGAGAAGAUAUUCGAAAAAUGGGAAUCAAGAGUUUUAUCCUAUGAUUUUCGUGUUCCAGACCACUUGAUUGAAGGCUACUGCAGAAAAGGUCUGCUGGGGAAAGCUGAAGCAGUUUUAGAAAGAGGAAUAGCUAAAGGCGGGGUCCCUUCUGCUGCUACGUGGUGUUACAUGGCAGGCGGGUAUCUCCUGGAUGGUCAAGAACCGAAAGCUAUGGAAGCUUUGAAUAAAGCCGUAUCCAUAUGUCCACCCGAUUUUAAGCCUAGUAAGGAUACCCUGAUUAAAUGUGUGGAAUGUCUAGAAAAGCAUGGCAAUGUGGAGAAUGCUGAGGAGUUGAUAAAAUCUUUAGAGGAUAUACGAGGCUUCUCACCAAUCUUACGUGAAAAACUAUCUUGUUUGAUUAAGGAUCCAUCCAUCGAUAGCUGAGGCAGAACAAGGUGGUGCCUAGGUUAUCUUGGGUUGUCACAAGACAACAGCUUGGCAAGGUCAAUGAUGUUUCUUGAGAGUACACCAUGAUUAUUCGAUAGUUAACGUUAACAUACUGAUUGUUCAGCAUUUAUCAUCACUGGAGAGUUUUGGGGUUGGGGUUUGGCAAUGGGAAUGGAAUACUUAAGUUUGUUUGGUGGAAGUUUUUUGGGCCUUUAAAAUGAAAAUCAAUGAAGACAUACCAAGAACCAACUUCAUCUUCAAACUCUGGCAUGGCAAGAGCAAUGAUGUUUAUUGAGAACAACUGUGAUGACAAGAUUAAGAUUACUAUAUGGAUAUCAGGGUUAUUUUGAUUGUUAAUGUUUACUUACUCAUUGUAACUUCUCAUGACUGGAUACUAUUUGUGCCACCUAUAAAAGAAAAUGACAGCAGUGAGCUUUUAUUAAUUA